AAAAAUAUCUGGUUGUGUAUCAUAUAAUUUUUGGUAUUGAAGCCAAAGACUUUAUUGAAAAAAGUAAAAUCCACAUCCAUGAUGCAGUCUGUUUUCAGUGAUCAUUCCUACCAUGAGAUACAACCUGAAGAAGUAUAUUUUGUUGUACAAAUACACGUAUAGUUUCUCAACCUUCUAAUACCCCACAAUUUGUUAACAUACAUCCUGUGCCUAAGUUCAGCAGCUUCUAUAGAGCUAUUAGGGUGAUAACCAAGAAGGCAAAUUCAAUUUAUUUAUGACUAUUGAGGUAUACACACAUUCAUGCUUACAUACAUAAAUAGCCACAUACCUACAGUACAUACAUUACAUAGUAUAAAGUAAAUGUAUGAUAAAAAUAGUAAAGUCAUAAUCACCUUUUGCUUUACCUGCCUGAUAUAUAUAUUAAGCACUUUCUAUGGAUUUUAUGAAGUCAUAACUAGUCAUAAUUAUUCAUCUGCACACGUACAUACAUACACACACAUACAUACAAUCUUAAGAUAAAUGAUUUUACAUAUUGUAGGACUUGUUUAGUGCAGUGUGCAUGGAGGUGCAGUGGAUUGCUGUAAAACCUGUGUAUAGUCAAUGGGGGGUUUGUACUUUUGUGUAUUCAAAAGAAACGCCGCCCCAGCCCGAGUUAAAAUGUUGCAGCUGUUCGUCAUAUCAUUGCAUUCAUGUGACAACCCUUGCAGAAGCCAUGCAAAUCGUUCAAGAGGAUGAAAUGGAUUCGCCAUUGGCACUUUUUAGGUUUUCCUUUGGAAUUACACCAGAGAUGCGAGACUAUUUUGAAUUGGCUACACUUAGCAAAGAAAAAGUUUCUUUAUUUGAAACAGCCAAUGAAAAUGAUGCAAGCGAUUUCGCUGAUCUUCCUGAAAAAAAAUGGUCAUAAAAUUUUGGCGCCAUCUGAAAGUGGUAUUUGUUCUUGUGGUGCAGAGUGGGAUAAACGUUCUAUUCAAGAUGAAUGGUUGUACGUAGACUUGUGUUCAGUUGCGUACUUUUAUUCAAUCCAUGAUGUGAAGGUGUAUUGUAGACCUUGCUCCUCUUGUGCUACGAAAAAGCAUUAUGAUGGCAUUGAAAACAGGAUUGUUUGGUUUGGAUCAUAUGCAAUAUUUCAUGCCGUUCUAAAAGAUUACAAUCGGCUUUUCAUAACGUCGAGUAGUACGAAUAUGAAGUACGAAUAUUAUGUUGCAUAUGUACAAAGGCAAGUGUCUUCGGGUAAUUUUAAUUUUCCAAAGGAAAUAAUAUACGCCAAGUUUCGCCUCGCUAUCAUUGCCAUGAUACGGUUGCUUGAUAUUGAUUUUGACAAUGUGUUUUUUUGUGAAUUACGUGGAAGGAUUCCCCAAAAGGUGGUGAUGGAUGGAACAACUCUUGGAAUACAGAAAACUUUCUUACCAAAUAAUUUAAGAGAGUCUGAUACUGGAUUGCUAGAUGGAAGUAGGUUUGAAAUGCGCAAUUUCAUCAACAGGAGAAAUGUGCGAGCUUUAUUGAAGAAGUACAGUGAUUCUAAGCUAAGUUGGGACGAAUUUCAAGAAUUAAAAUCUGAAAUAUCUUCAAAGGGGCUUAGGACUCUACUUGAAUGGUUAGAGAAACAAGGAUUCAUCACUAGUUGUCCAAACUCGUGCAGAAGGUUAUUGGCAGCAUUGGCUUCUGACAAACCAGUAUGCGCAAUUGUACCCCCCAAAGAAGUUUUGGACCUCUUGAUCAGGAUGUCUGAUGGAGCCAAUCCAAAAGACAAUCCUUCGACUGAUUUAAAACUUCUUCAUGAAGAAGUGCCCCUAAUGUUGAACGUCAUUGAGACUAGCGAAGAAAUUCCUAUUACUAUUCAACCCCUGUUAAAGGAAUUGGUACAAAAGGCUAUAAGUCCGUUCGUAGUCAAGGACGGUCAGUGGCGUUUGCCACACAACUUACCUGCGGUGUCUCAAAAUUCAUCCCAUGGAUAUAUACCUUGUCUGCCAGAACUGGUUCAACGAGGGAAUUAUGUUCUUGACAAUAGGAAGACACAGCAGGGAGAUUGUGCCAAAGUCACUAGACCCAAGAAGAAGCAUGGGACUUUGAUCCCUGGAAUAUUUUGUAUUCUUUGUCCCCACGGUAUAUGUUAUGGAUUCGAAAUAAUUAGGGAUCACGAAUUACCAUAUAUCCCAUUUACCAUUUUACGAACACGUUUUCCUGAUGCGCCAGAGUUGGUCAUUUACGAUAAUGCCUGCAGAUUGCAUGAGUAUUGUUUGAACCGAGAUCCAGCAUUUUUUAAGAAAACAAAAUUUGUUGUUAAGUUUCAUUGGAAAAAUCAUUCAGUCGCGUCAUUCGUUAGUCUUCGAUUGAAGUAUUCCCUGCGUAUAUUUCAAAAGUUUAUAACGUUCUGCAACACGUGUUAUAAACAGUGACGAAGUCAGCCUGCAAGUUUGUUAAUGCUACAUGUAUGUAAAUGUCUUGUGUUCAUUAACUGUAAAAACAAUAAAUUUCUAAAGAAAUUGUAACUAUGUUUAUUAGAGCAUGAAAGUUGGUAUGUUUGUAUGAAA